UGUGCUGAGCAGACUUUGGUCUCAGAAAACAUUCUUUUCAAUUUGAAUGACGGAUCAAAGGGAAAGGAAUGCGAUUCAUUUCUGACAAAUCUAAAUUUUCUUGAUUUGCAAUGAGCGUCAAAGUAAUGUGCACGGCACUAAUAAAUCUUGAUUCCAACAAACUUAUUCCAACAAAAGUUGAACGUAGAAAGAGCAAACAAGUAUUUAUUCCUUAAUCCUUUUUGUACAAAUUUCCACAAUUAAUGGUCUAAUAAAACCAAUCUGGUUAAGAGAAAGUAAGCGUGUAUAAAAGCAGCGAUAUGGAUACCACUUCCGAUUUUGAGGCACAGGACGAUCACCGAGAUCGAAAGGAGAGAAAGGUGUACACCGACUUCUGGGCUUUGGGCGAUGCAGAUGACGACAUUGAAGGCCCUCAAAGUUUUGACCUGGAGGAGAAACUCAAUUCUCCGAAAUUUAAUAAGAACGUCGUCCUUAGCAUGAAAGGCUCUGAAUUCAACCUAGCGUAUAUUCAGAAGCAUGGGUUUACGGAACCCUUAAUUUUUCACAACAAAGAAGGACUCGGAAUACGCAUACCAACGCCAAGCUUCAACGUAGGAGAUGUAAAGACAUGUGUCGGCUCAAAGAGACUGCUGGAUGUGAUGGAUGUAAGGACACAGAAAAAUACCGAGAUGACAAUGAAAACUUGGCAAGAGUACUACGACAAGGACAACAAGGACAGGCUCCUGAAUGUGAUUAGUUUGGAGUUUUCACACACAAAGUUGGAAAAUUUUGUGGAGGCUCCCAGAGUCGUGAGACAGCUCGAUUGGGUGGAUCGGGUGUGGCCACGACAUUUAAAAAAUAUGCAAACCGAAUCCACUAACGUAAUGGACGAAAUGAUGUAUCCCAAAGUUCAAAAAUAUUGUCUAAUGAGUGUGAAAGGAUGCUACACGGAUUUCCAUGUUGAUUUUGGUGGUACUUCUGUGUGGUACCAUAUUCUUAGAGGGGCAAAGGUUUUUUGGUUGAUUCCUCCAACUGAUAAGAAUUUAGGACUGUAUCAGGAGUGGGUACUUUCCGGAAAACAGGGCGACACUUUCUUUGGGGACAACGUGGACAUUUGUAGUCGUGUGUACCUGCAGGAUGGUGACACAUUUUUCAUUCCAUCGGGCUGGAUUCAUGCCGUAUACACUCCAAAAGAUUCUCUGGUGUUUGGAGGAAAUUUUUUGCAUAGUUUUGGAAUAGAGAAGCAGUUGAAAAUAGCCACGGUUGAAGAGCAGACAAAGGUUCCACAAAAAUUCCGAUACCCAUUCUUUACAGAGAUGCUGUGGUACACGUUGGAGCGAUAUGUUCAUUGCUUAUUGGGACAAAGCUACCUUCGAAUACCCUCCGACGAUGAUAGUUGGAAACUACCUGGUCCUCCUGGGGAAAAGUUAGUGCCCGAGAAUGUUGCUCUUAGUCCGCAAGAGCUACUUGGUUUAAAAGCAAUUGUGUUGUACUUGCACCAAUUGCCAAUUCAACGAAAAAAUGUCCCUGUUUUAAUUUAUGACGCCGUCUCACUUCUGAAAUGCAUUCGGCAAGUUGUUGAAAUGCAUCGUUACGAUGAUCCCGCAAAAGCAGUAACGGGAAAACCUAUAUUGAUCUGGCCCGGAGAAAGGGCAGAGAAUGUUGGAAAAAUUACUCCUAUCCGACGACAGAGGCCUUUCAAAGCAAUAACGGCAGGCAAAGUCAGCAACGAGAGCGAUUGGGUUGACAGUCCUUCCAGCAAUCAAGAAGACGUCACUAAACGUCGCGGUCGUUGUGGAAAAUGUCAAGCCUGUCGAAACACAGAGGACUGCGGUCAAUGCGCAAAUUGUAUGAUUCGGCAAAAGUACAAAGAUUCCGUUGACAUUCUUCGACGAAAAAUUUGUGUCAUGAAUGAAUGCAUGGCUCCAGUAUUGUUGCACAACACAAUUUGUGGAGAAUGUGGUUUUGAUGGUUGGAAUGAAACGCCCCACGUCGUCCCAAAACUGCACACGACCCUUUCAACCCUCAUGGAGUGCAGUAUAUGUUGGAAAAUUGUUCAUCCGAUCUGCAUCGGACAUAAGUCUAACCCACAAGUCAUUGCCAUUGUGAACGAUGAUCUUCCCAAUAGCUGGGAAUGUCCGCUGUGCCUCGACACCUCCAGACCUCGCACUUUAAAGAAACACAAAAGCUUGGAGGACUCGAGCAUGAAGGGAUCCAUGUACAAUAAUAACAGCAACAGCAUGAAUCAGGACGUCAGCAGUGUGAGCAACAAUAGCGUUGUAAACCAUAAUGACGCUGUGACCAUGAAUGGGAACAGUUCGGUCAGCUUCCCAGGCAAUCUUAAAGGAAGUUCGAUCACCUCCUCAAUUUCGACCCCAUUCCCCGCAAUAGUCAAGGAAGAAAAAGGGGAAAUUCGGAAAUCCACACAGAUGAUGGACAAGUCUGCACGAGACGAUGAGGAUAGCGUGAAGCAAAAGUUAGAUGAAGUCGUUCGAAGAAAGUCGACUGAAGAGGCUGCCAAAGUCAUUGCCGGAAAGAUGAAUGCUGCAAUAAAACGAACUCUGUCCACUGGAAGUGAGGGUAGCAAAACCAAAUUUCCACGUCGUCAGCCUGAAGAAAUCAAUGGAAUCGUCACAACAAAUAACAAUUCUGCCACGCAUUAUGAUCAUAAACCCGUGAAAUUGGGUAAUGUAUCGAAUGAUAAAGACAAACUUCCGUCCAAGAAAGUGAAAAAGGAAGUCGUUUCCGAAGAAUCUGAUGAUGAUGACGACGAUGAGAAGGAUGAGGCUGGGGUCAGGAAAUCAUCGUUGCCAAUAAAAUACCCAUUCAGAACGGAGUUAUCUGGUAAAAUCAUUGGUACUUCAACCAAAUCUUUAAAGAAGCCGACAAAUGUUGUCCGCCCUUCUUCUGAAAUUGCAGAGGACAGUUCCAAAAAGUGCAAAAAAAAGUUGGGAUAUCCUGCCGUCCUCAAGGAGAAGCUUAUUUUGGCUCCCAUUUUCAAGUGGUUGGAUAUACAGUCAUUGAAUCGUGCCGUACAAGUGUGCAAGGACUGGAAUAGAGUUGGGAUUUCUCCAGAACUUUGGAAAACCAUUAACCUCAGCCAUAAGAAAAUUACUGCAGAAUUGCUCAAAGGCGUUGUACGAAGGCAACCAAACAUCGUGAUACUCAAUUGGACACAGAUCUCUAAACAGCAAUUAGUGUGGCUAAUUAGUCGACUACCUCAAUUGAAACACUUGUCCCUUCAGGGAAAUUCGUGGAACACGGUUUCUGCUUUAAAAACUUGUUUUUGCCCAGUACUUGAAGGUCUCGAUCUCGGAUAUGUGGAUAAUUUGUUGGACAGUGGGGUCAGAGAAACUCUAGCCGCCCCACUAGAUUCCAGACCUGGCUUGACCGACUCUAAGUCUCGACUUCGACACUUGAAAUACCUUAAUUUGUCCGGAGCUCCUUUAUCAGAUGUGUCCUUAAGGUAUGUCACCCAGCAUGCCGGAAGCAUUGCCAAGUUGGAUCUCAGUUCCUGUUCAAGAAUAACAGACGCAGGGAUUGCUCAAUUGGGUGCCCCAGAUUCUCCAAGUUUGGAAAAUUUGACCCAUCUGAUCGUCACUGGUUGUCCUCAAAUAACCAACAUCAGCCUGGAUCACCUCAAACGAUGCAAAAAACUAAUCUACCUGGACAUUAAGAGCAUACCACAAAUUACUGUCGUAGGCCUUACCAAAUUUUUUAAUCAAUUGGCUGAAGCCGAAGCUUCAGGAAUUAGAACGUCGAAAAUGGUUGUGAAGCACAGUCUCUCUACAGCACAGUUGGAGCUACCCAACCUCCACCAAAACUUCUAUCAGUCUGAAAUGGUCAGCUCUCGAAAUAGCCUCACCUCACCUUCGUUUUUGGUCGGCGUCCACAUAAACACUACUACACCUUACCUAAAAUAAAUUGUUGUUUAAUUACACCUUAUCUUAAAUUAAUUGUUUGUUUAUUCAAUAAAGUUUAACUUGUUAUUACAAUAUAA